CUGUUAUGACGUUGUUCACGUGUAUUCUUCCAGCAUGGUGACCUCCUCUGACAGUGAGCACGUAGAGAAAUGAAGAUGAACGAAUCGUUAGUUGUUACAGUGUAAAUGUAGUGAGUGGACUCUUUAUUGCUAUGGUCACAUUCGGGCGUUUAUUCGGCAGAGAUUCAGGUUGUACUUAACAACAACAACAACAACAACAACUGUCACUUCGUCUGCUGUGAACUGGCUGGAUCCGAUCUCAGGACAUAGCCUCUACUUUUUGUAUUGACUGGUUAUAAUCUGAAGUAAUGGCUGUGCGAUUGCCUUUAGCUGGGCUUCUGUUUAUACACAGACUGGUGAGGAUUAGCACAUCCGGUCAAAGACAUGUGAGGGACAGGGACAUACUCGCACAAGUCUGUAAAUGUAGGCGGGAUAUAAGAACGUUUUCAACUGGUUCUGUGAAAUGUAAAGAGAAUGAGGGUGACGAGUCAGGCGCUUCACCCCUGAGCACCAAGCAGACCAUCAGUAAAGCACUAUUAUCCAGGAGGCGGAGACCGCUGUCCCCCCUGGAGAGGAUCAGUGGCCUACUGCCGCAGGACGCCCUGAGCCCCGAGGUGAUGCAGCUGAGGGAGCAGAACCAGCAAGAUCCAGCAGAACGCACAAACAUCCAGGUUCCAGUCACACACUGCACACCAGAGGAACGUGGACACAAGGUAAUGUCUGAAAAGGGUGAUUCAGAGAAUCAUGAGGAGCCAGGCACUUCAGGUGCUCUGCUGAGCGGAGCAUGUCAUGAGGAAAAAGGCUUGGUUUCAGACACUCUUCCUGGGGAGAGCCUGCUUGUGUUUGGGGAGUUCCUGGUUGCUGAGUAUCAUAAGAAAAGGUUCAGGAAGAUGUUCCAGCUUCAGAGAGAGGCACGUCUGCAGAGCAGCUGGGGGGUCAUCCUGCACGACGACAUAGCCGGGCAGCCUGCAGGACGGCUCUUGAAGACGUCCAGGGGGGUUUCCAUCCUCGUACGUCGGGCCAGUCUGGAAGAUUAUGUGCUCUUUAUGAAGAGGGGGCCAGCCAUCGCCUACCCUAAGGAUGCAGCUGCUAUGUUGAUGAUGAUGGAUGUCACAGAGGGAGACUGCGUGUUGGAGUCGGGCUCAGGGUCCGGGGCCAUGUCUCUGUUCCUGUCCAGAGCAGUUGGAUCUAAAGGCAGCGUGGUGAGCGUGGAGGUCAGGGAGGACCACCUCAUGAGAGCAGUGAAGAACUACAGGCGCUGGAGGACAUCAUGGAGUCUGAGACGAGGACAGGAGUGGCAUGACAACGUCCACUUUCACAAAGGUGACCUCUGCACGUCUUCCUCGCUCCUCGCUGGUCGGGGAUUCCACGCGGUUGCUCUUGACAUGAUGAACCCUCACCUGGCUUUGCCCACUGUGGUUCCACAUCUGCACCCUGGAGCCGUAUGUGCCGUCUACCUCGCCAACAUAACACAGGUCAUCGAUCUGCUGGAAGGGCUUCGAUGUUCGGCGCUCCCUUUGCUGUGUGAACACGUCUUUGAGGUUCCGGUCAGGGACUGGGUGGUGGCUCCGGCCGUUCAGAAAGAUGGGAGGUACUGCGUCAGGAAAGCUCCCACCCAGGAUGAAGACAAAAGGUCGGAAGAUGAGACACCUGAUGAGAGUGACGAAGAGGAGAUGACUGCAGACAAACAGCCAGCCUUUGGCAGUAUUCCAUACAUUGCCAGACCUCAUCCUGAACAACUAAGUCACACAGCAUUCCUGGUGAAACUGAGGAAGUGUGUGCAGUAGUUGUUCUACAUGUAAGGAACCUUGGACAAAAAAAACAUUGUUACCUAUGAACCAAAUUGUCUCCUUACUGUGUAUCAUUUGAAAAAUAAAUUCAUUUUGGUGAAAUAUGAAA